AUGUACACCUACUUCUGGGACAAAGGGAAAGUUUAUCUCGUAUUGGAAUAUGCACAAGGUGGUGAGAUGUACAAGCUCUUGAAGAAGAGGAAUCGCUUUGAUGAAACCACUGCUGCAGUGUACAUGUAUCAGGUGGCAGAUGCAUUGAAAUAUUGCCAUGAGAAGAAGGUCAUCCAUAGAGAUAUAAAACCAGAGAACUUACUUAUUGGCUUCGAUGGAGAGCUUAAGAUUGCCGACUUUGGAUGGAGUGUUCAUGCGCCACAAAAGAAACGUCAGACGAUGUGUGGAACCUUAGAUUACUUGCCGCCGGAAAUAGUCUUGGGAGAGGAACACAAAGAACAGGUGGAUAUUUGGUCCAUUGGCGUGCUGUGUUAUGAAUUCCUAGUCGGCACACCUCCGUUUGAGCAUGAGGAUUCUGCUAGUACGUAUAGGGCUAUUAACGAU